AUGUUUCCGGGGCGCAGGAGGAGACUGAGCUGGAGUCGGGUAGUCUUCUUGCUCGCAGCGCUGACCAUUUGCUCUCUCUCGCGGUUCCCCACCGGGUCGUGGCCGGGAUCGACGCUGUGGGGAGCGGGAGCCGGAGGCGCCUCCUUCCCUUACAGCAGAAAACUGCUGCAGGUCACAACAUCUGGCAGCGCGCACACCCAGCUCCCUGGGACCCGGAAUCCACACCCCAGGCUCACCGGGGCUAGAAGCCCCGACCCAGGACUCCCCACGACCAGCAGCCCCGACCCAGGACUCCCCACGACCAGCAGCCCCGACCCAGGACUCCCCACGACCAGCAGCCCCGACCCAGGACUCCCCACGACCAGCAGCCCAGACCCCGGGCUUGCGCGGACCAGAAGCGCUCACCCUGAGACCCCGAGUCCCCACCCCGGCCCCCACGGGUCUAGCACCCCCAACCCCGGUCUCACCGGCGCCAAGAGCCCCCGGCCAGGGGUCCUCGGCCCCAACAACCCGUUAACCAGAGACUCCAACAACUGGCCCCCUCCCAACCAGACCAGCGCCGCCGCCAUCAGCAGCGAGCCGGCCCCGUCGGGGAAGCCUAGACUAAGGGGAUGUAUCCUGGUGGGCAACGAGAUCGUGCCGGUGCCGGCGCCCACAGUGGCAGCUUCCACGCCGGGCAGCAGCGAGGCACCGGCCGGCAGCGUGGAGCCUCCCCCCGGCCACAUCAGGAGCGCGUACCCGGUGGAUGUAUUCAGCCUGGAGGAGCGGCGCCAGGGCUGGGUGCUGCUCCAUGUGACGGGCAUGGUCUACAUGUUCAUCGCGCUGGCCCUGGUGUGUGACGAGUUCUUCGUGCCGUCUCUGGGCGCCAUCAUUGAGAGGCUGAAGAUCUCGGACGAUGUGGCGGGCGCGACCUUCAUGGCGGCCGGGGGCUCGGCGCCAGAACUCUUCACCGCCCUGAUCGGGGUGUUCAUCUCGCACAGUAACGUGGGCAUCGGCACCAUCGUGGGCUCAGCCGUCUUCAAUAUCCUCUUCGUCAUCGGCAUGUGCGCCAUCUUCUCCCGGGAGAUCCUUUACCUCAGCUGGUGGCCGCUCUUCCGCGACGUCUCCUUCUACAUCGUCGACCUGCUGAUGCUCAUCGUCUUCUUCCUGGACAACAUGAUCUGUUGGUGGGAGAGCCUGUGCCUCCUGCUCGCCUACCUGGCUUACGUGGGCUUCAUGAAGUACAACAGCGAGAUCGAGCAGUGGUUCAAGCGCCAGAUCACCAACAACAGCAACGUGGUCAAAGUGAUGUCCCUGCUCCACGGCGUCAAGAAGAACACUGAUAUUGAUCUCAAAGAUGAAGAACCAAGUGAUAAUACCAGGCUCAAGGAGACUCUAGCGCCAGGAUGCAGCACACCCUCUCUACACAACAGCACCCUGCGAAGCACCAUAUUCCAGCUCAUGAUCAACACACUGGACCCCUUAACUGAAGUGAAGUUUAUGCAGAAGGCUGAAGUAAUGAACAAUAUGGCCAAUGGAAAUGGAGGCCCAAAAGAAGAACGACAAACAAAAAUGAAAGAUGGAGAGACAGAGGAGAGGACAGAUCUCCCGAACACGGUGAAUGUCCCAACUGACCCGCCAGCCACAUCACCACCCGAAACUAAUGAUGAUGCCAAUACUAACCAGGACCCAAAAGAAUCAGACAGCAAGGGUGAAGAUGAUGGAGGUCAAGGUGGUGAUGGAAGUUCUGAUGGUAACGAUGACGAUGAGAGCGAUGACAGCGAUGAAGAUUCUGAUGACGAAGAUGAGGAGGAUGAGGAGGAAUCCGAUGCUGAAGAACCUUUAAGUCUCGAAUGGCCAGAAACACGGCGGAAACAGGUCACGUACCUGUGUCUUCUCCCCAUUGUGUUUCCACUCUGGCUCACAGUGCCUGACGUCAGAAACCCAGCUUCAAAGAAAUACUUUUUUGGUACUUUCAUUGGAUCAAUUCUGUGGAUCGGUGCAUUUUCAUACUUGAUGGUGUACCUGGCUCACCAGGUUGGUGAAACAAUUGGCAUUUCCGAAGAGAUAAUGGGUUUGACUAUCCUUGCCGCAGGCACCUCGAUCCCUGACCUCAUCACUAGUGUUAUAGUCGCUCGAAAAGGUCUUGGGGACAUGGCAGUGUCCAGCUCAGUGGGAAGCAACAUCUUUGACAUCACAGUUGGGUAAGAAUCACUCUCAAGCCUUGGCGAAGGUGAAUUUCAGCUGAAGGAUGCUGAUCUCACAUUUCUUGAUUUCUGCAGACUAUCUGUAGAAAUUCAGGCCCACACCUCCAGAGCAUAACAUUCAAAAUUUCCUUCUAACUUCAGAAUAACUUGCCUUACUGACAGAUUGUGGGCUCUAAUGAAUGAACCCAAUUAGGCAAAUCCUUUCGUGGUGUACCGAGGGAGAGCUUCACAUUUGAUGGCUGUUUUCUGAUGAGAUAUUUUCAUUUAAGAACUCACCCUUGUCCUCAACCCCAUUAGUUUCAAACAGAUUUAAAUUUUCACUGGUUAUCCUCUUGCCUUAAGAUGAUAAAAAUUGUUUGGGGAUUUUCCCAAAGCUUUAUCCAACUAUUGAUAUCUCUUGGGUAGACACAAAAUGCUGGAGUAACUCAGCGGGACAGGCAGCAUCUCUGCAGAGAAGGAAUGGGUGACAUUUCAGGUCAAGACCCUUCUUCAGAUAUCUUUCAAUAUCUCUUGACAUCCAUGAUUCGAUGGGAAUGACGUUCUGACCUUUCAUCCUUAUGGAAACAUAUUAGCCUUGUUAUCUUGCUAUUACACAUUUAAAUGACUCGCACAUUGGAAGUAGACUAAGCUGCAAGGAGCUGCUCCUAGUCUACUUUGCCCAGGUCCUGCAUUAUGUUAUUGAAAUUUCCCACUGCUAUAAUCUUAUUCCUGUUACACCUUUUUACGAUUUGUCUUGUUAUCUGUUCCUCUCUGUCCUGGUGACUAUUAGACCUGUUGUAUACCCCAUCAAAGUGAUCACAUCCUUUUUGUUGUUAUAAGCUCUACCCAUAUGGCCUCAUUUGAAGAGCCUUUUAAGACAUCCUCCCUCAUCACAACAGUAAUAGAUUAUUUCAUCAAUCUUGCAAAACCACCUCUAUUACAUCCUCCUUUGUCAUGCCUGAAGAUUCUAUACCCUGGAACAUUGAGCUACCAUUCCUAGCUUUCUACCAUAACCCAUUCAAUGGUGUAGGCCUUACCUUCCCCCAGAAAUUGUCACAGUAAUCCAGAAAUCUACAAUUUUCCUUUGUAUCGCUUUUAGCUACUUGUGCAUCUGACCUAUCCUCACAAUUAUGAGGCACCAAUGGUAGGUUAAAAAGAUUGGUGUUGAUCAAGUGGAUAGAUAUGCAGAAUAGGGUAUUCUCAGAGAAAUUAGAGUGCUGAGGCAAUUGAACGGAGGAUGAGAAUACUAAAUUCCAACCAUUUUGCCUCAUCUGUCAUACUCCCCUUUCUCCAACACUCCAAGGACCAGUUAAUGUUAUUUUGUCUGCGCACUUAUAUCAGUGAGUAACCGGUCUGGAGAAACAGGACUACGUCAAACUCAGCCAAAUGACUGCCUGUCCUUGCCUCCAGUUAUCUUCACUCCGUCCACUGGGCACCCGCCAAUCAAUGCUGGUGGGUAGAAGUCACCAGAUGCACCUUUUAACUUACUUUGAUUUUCUCUGUUGCAGGCUUCCAGUGCCCUGGUUAUUAUAUGCGAUGUUUAACGAUUUCCAACCAGUUGCAGUCAGCAGUAACGGCCUGUUCUGUGCCAUCGUACUUCUCUUUCUGAUGCUGCUGUU